CUUCCUCUCUUCUCACCCUCUCUUCUCGUCUCUUCCUCUUGGCCUGAUCCUGACUGCCACCAUGGCGUACCCCCUGGAGAAGGCUCUGGAUGUGAUGGUGUCCACCUUCCACAAAUACUCUGGCAAGGAGGGUGACAAGUUCAAGCUCAACAAGUCAGAGCUAAAGGAGCUGCUGACCCGGGAGCUGCCCAGCUUCUUAGGGAAAAGGACGGAUGAUGCGGCCUUUCAGAGACUGAUGAGCAACUUGGACAGCAACAAGGACAAUGAAGUGGACUUCCAGGAGUACUGUGUCUUCCUGUCCUGUGUCGCCAUGAUGUGCAACGAGUUCUUUGAAGGCUUCCCGGAUAAGCAGCCCCGGAAGAAGUGAAUGCCCGUCAUGCGGGUGGGGGGCCUGCCAGCUGGGGUCUCACCUGUUGGCAGUGGCCACAGGGCCUCACCCUGGCUCCAGCAGGUGUGUGCACGAUGUGGAUAAGUUCAAUAAAGAUUCUUGGAAGCUUUGA